AUGGUAAAUUUAAUUACGGGAUCUUGUAUGGGCGAAUGUAUCGCCAAUUUGCCGCCCGAAGCCGAAUUUCCGAGUCAGGAAUACAUAGAGCAAAAAAUGGAAGAGCUGAAUAUGAAUGACAUCAACUAUUACAUGUGGAUACCAGGGUACAAAUAUCAACCUUUGCUCAAACAAAGGAUUGACUCUGUCAGAUCUGCUAGUACUAUCGAAAUUGACGAACCAAUAGAACAGCCAGAUAUAGAAAAAUCUGAGAUUCAUAAGGCAUUCGAUUCAAAGGCAGUCUCUGGGAAAGUAUCUAUUAAUGAAGUUGCAAAUCUGUUGCGUACAUUGGGUUACGCCCCUACGAAUGCGGAGCUAGAAGAAUCAGCCAAAAUGUUCGGAGAAUCACUCACUUUAUCCCAAUUCCAAGACAUUUGCUAUGCACUCAAUGAUAGCACAACUAGUUUGCAUGGAUUGGAACAGGCACUAAGAUACUUCGACAAUAGUGGUUCUGGCAAGUUAUCUAAGGCGCAAUGGAUGAAUAUCAUGAUGAAUUACGGAGAACCAUUGACUAUGGAUGAAAUGAAUAUGGUAAAUAAAAAGUUUUCGAUUGGAGAAUCAAUUGAUUGCAAGGUCAUUUGUGAGGAGGUUGUUUCCUAA